GAAAGUGGAUUGAGACAAAGCAAAUAGGGGAAAACAGAAGAGUGAAGUGGUGAGGAGGUUUGAAGUGUUCUGAUUUGGCACACGAUGCUGCUGUCGUGCUGCCCUGCGCGCUUCAAACCUGCGUGGAGCCCAUGGAGUGGGCACCACUGGUGUCCUCUCAUGUUCACAGCAACAACCAGUUGGUGUUGAGCAUCAGGUGAGCGUUUUCAGACCACAGAAACCACAGACUUCUCCCUCUUUUUUUUUUUUACGCGCGUCACUUUCAGAAGAAGAACAGAGGGAGUGUGCGUAUUAGAACAAGUAUGACCAAAGCGGAUCCGCGCCCUGACGCGCUCCUGUGAGUGCAUGUUGGACCGCUGAAAGUGUGGACUAGUAUGAAGCGCCAUGGGUUGGUGUGACCGCGGGGUUCAAACGCUGCUGGCCACCGUGGGGGCUUUCGCUGCCUUCAGCCUGAUGACCAUCGCUAUCGGCACGGACUUCUGGCUCUAUUCGCGGGCGUACAUCUGCAACAGUACCAAUGCCACGACGGACGAGACCCCACCGCAGCCCAAAUCCAAGAAAGGCGAUCUCACCCACUCCGGGCUCUGGAGAAUCUGCUGUAUUGAAGGCAUCAAUCAGGGCAGCUGUUACAGAAUCAAUCAUUUCCCUGACGACAACGACUACGACACAGACAGCUCUGAAUACCUGCUGCGUAUAGUUCGGGCCUCCAGUGUGUUCCCCAUCCUCAGCACCAUCCUGUUGAUGCUCGGCGGGCUGUGUGUCGGCUUGGGUCGCGUCUACAGCAAGACAAACAAUGUCCUCCUCAGCGCGGGGAUUCUCUUUGUCGCUGCGGGUCUUAGCAACAUAAUCGGCAUCAUCGUCUACAUAUCGAGCAAUGCAGGAGACCCAAGCGACAAACGGGACGAUGACAAGAAGUACACUUACUCCUAUGGGUGGUCCUUCUACUUUGGCGCGCUCUCCUUCAUCGUGGCGGAAACCGUGGCCGUUCUCGCCAUCAACAUCUACAUCGAGAAGAACAAAGAGGUCCGCUGGAAGGCGCGACGGGAGUUAAUCCGCUCGCUCUCCUCCUCUUCCCCGUACUCGAGGAUACCGAGCUUCCGCUACCGCCGGCGGACGUCGCAGGCCAGCUCUCAUUCCACAGAGGCGUCUCGGGAGAACUCGCCGGUGACCAACCUGAAGGGGGUUCCGUCUUCCAGUGGGCCCCUGGACGAGCUGUCCAUGUACGCCUUGGCGAGGGACAGCAUGAUGGAGAGCACGUAUAGCCCCGAACACGAGGCGACAGCAGAGUUUCUCCAGGUCCAUAACUGUUUCCCCAACGAUAUAAAGGACGGGGUGAAUCGCAGGACCACACCGGUGUGACACACACGCUGCUGAGCUGGAAGUCCGCCUGAAAGUAGACAAAAUCAGUGGACUACUUCAGUGUGACAUACCACCACCUUUAGAGUCUUGUUUUUUCAGAGAGACUCUUUUUCGUCGAAGGCUGAAAGAGAAGAGAGUCACCGGACUUCAAAAGAGCCAAUGAAAUUCAUUUAUCUGCUUUUAGACACCGUCAAAGCAGAGUAGAGUUGUAUUGUCUGUGCUGUAGCCGAUACGACCUUAGACCCCCGUCUCCACCUAGAGUUUUUUUUCUCAGCGUCAGCGUCUUUUUCCAUUACAAUGGGUAGAAAGCAUUCGCAGCAGAAAGCAGCCGCCUGGCUGAAAAGAGCAGAGCCCAGCAUCCUUUUUAACAAGCGCUCUGCUGGUUUUGUGCGGCCGCUCCCGAGUGCUCAAGUUGAAAAUCCUUCAACUUUUCAGAAAGGCUCUGGUGACAUCCCGGGCGCGCUUUUCAAAAUGAAUGAUAUUCCCUACGGAUCGUAUCUUGUACCUACAUCCUCUUCGAGUCUGCUGGGGUAAAAAACAAUCUCAAAUAUAAAACAUGCAGUAAAAAUAACAGAGCCGUGUUGGUCAUACAGCAGCCGUUGUCAACAAACUGUUGUCAUAGAGACAGGACGGACAUGCAGCGCUUUUCUUCUCAGUGUACAAACGCUUCAUGCAAACACUCCCGAGCGCGCAGUCAGUGCUUUUUUCUGCCCGGAAAAAAAAACACUAGGUGGACACGGGGCCUUUUGGAUCAAACCCUUGUUUGUGUAACUAAAACAUUGUGGGUUACCUGAGCUUGAAGUGUCAAAAUGUGCCAAUCAGCUACCUGUGAAUGACUGAACACGGUGCUUAAUGAAAUGUUGUGUUCAUCUUGAAAGUGUUCCAUUUGUGUGUGAAAUUGCUUCAAAGUGUGGACUUCCCCUUCGGAGUUUGUUACAUGUUCUCAUAAACAUUACUAUUAUCCUGCCUUACAUUCUUAUCAGGGCUGCUCCAUAUUCAACUGGUUGUUAGAUAAAGUCGAUACCAGACGAUGAUCUGUAAAUCUAUUUUCUUUAUGGGGAGGGAUUGGAAAAUGGAUUUAGCUCCAAGUCUAAAUGUUAUCAAUAACUUUGCUUGAGCAUUAUGGGGCAGCCCUAAUUCUUAUCAUAGGUUUGAAGCAGACCCCUCUGUUUCUCAGCACUGCCCUUUAUAUUUACAACAUAUGGCCUUUUAGACAGACUCAAAUUUUAAGUAUUUUUGAGCAUCUUUCUUGAGUAUGGUUUGGGAGUCCCUGUCUUUAACCAAUGCCUGAUCCUCUCUGUGGUUGAUGUGUUGAAUGUUAAGUAUUUCAUCCAGUCCUCCAAACUAUAUGAAAGAUUUUGUCUCCAUCACUGUCUCUUCUUCAAUCCUUUUCUUCUCUGACAUUUGUCAGUCGAGCAAAAUGUCAGUUCAGUCAGGAGGACCCCCUUUUUUAUUCACUUCCAUAUCAGUCCAUCUCUUCCUCCCCCCCCCCCCCCCCGUCCCCAUGGAUGUGACAUUGUGUUUGUGUGCGCUUGUCACAAAAAAAGAGCGGCUAUCAAAAAAAGCGGGGAAGCCCAGAACUGUGAAAACUUCCCCUGUCAGGACUUCCUUUUGUGUUUAAUGAAGUCCCGGCAUGCAGAGUGUGUUACGGAUAAGGAUCAGAACCAGACGGAGAACAUUUGUCUAUCUGUCACAUCCGCCUGAAAGUCCAUCUGGUUGCCCCCCCCCCCCCCCCCCCAUGUCAAACAGAGGACCCAGACAGGAGCAGAGGGAGCUGUCUACAACUGGGACCCUGAAGGAUUGGGCUCUAUUAACCAGACAUUCAUAUGUGUGUGUGUGUGUGUGUGUGUGUGUGUGUGUGUGUGUGUGUGUGUGUGUGUGUGUGUGUGUGUGUGUGUGUGUGUGUGUGUUCUGUCUUUACGUUCUCUCAGGUAACGCUGUGUUGUUUUGACAGGUUUAACACUUUGAGGUCCAUCGUUACAGUGCUGGGAAAAAAAGGACCGGUGAUAAAGAUAAACCUGUAGAGAAAAAAAAAAGAAAAAAUGCCAUUACUGUAUUUAGCUGUGAGGCUGUGCUUGAGCUCGCUCCAAGAACCAGCUGGAGUGGGAUUUUUUUUUUUUCUUCCAGUCUGAGGGCUAUUCAGCCUCUUCAGGAUUGGCAAGCGAGCUCACUCCACCACAGAAUAGUAUUUGAUUGUAUUUAGUGUGUUUGAUAUUUCAUUAAAGCUAUACCAGGCUGACGAUGUAAAAGAAAGCCAUCAGUAUGAUCCACUAGGAGUGUAGGUCAUACACUUUUAUAUUCUAGUUUGGUAGAAAUGUGUUGUUUGUAAUGUAAACAUGCAAAGUUGUA